AUGGCUGAAACGUUGCCACUGCGCGCCUUAUCAACCUGCGCCGUCGGUGUAGGCGUCGUGCUGACAUUCCUCCUUGCCAGGUGGGUGCUCGGCACGCUCAGACCAAAAGGGUUCCCCCCCGGACCGCCCAUCAUCCCGGGCCUAGGGAAUCUGCAUCAAAUGCCCAUACAGAAGCCGUACCUGAAGUUCCACGAGUGGGCGAAGCAGUAUGGUGACAUUGUAGGUUUGAAGGCUGGGACCGGCAACCUGGUCCUUUUGAAUACCCCCAAGUUGGUUCACGAGCUGUUCGAUAAGCGAGGUGCGGUCUGCUCCGACCGUCCCCACAACCACAUCCUUACGAAGCACGUGUUCACGGACCCUGAGGAGAAAAGCAUCACUAUCCUGCAAUAUGACGAUUAUUAUCGGCGAUGGCGCAAGUCGUUCCAGUUUAUACUCAGCGCAGCUGGCAUAAAAAGACUCCUCCCACUCCUCGAGGCCGAAGCUGCGGACUUGUGCCGAAAGUUCAUCGAUGGCGGCAAAGACUAUGAGCAGAAGGUGAGGCACUGGUCCUUGGCCGUGCCAUUGAUUGCUACGACUGGCGAAAGGUUAGACGACCUGCCUGCGGACUAUGCUGACAAGCUCUGCUACUCUCAAGACGAGCUCUUGGAGCUGCUUCUCCCCGGUGCUGCGCCGCCCGUUGAUGUUUUCCCCAUCAUGAAAUACAUCCCUGAGAUAUUAGCCAAGUGGAAGGGGAACGCUCGUCAUGUGAGGAAAUUAAUGAUGCAAGAUUCCGGUAACUACCUCGCCGGAGCAAAGAAGACGUAUGCGCAGAUUGAGAAGGACCCGGACUCAGUUGGAUUUGAUAGCCUGCUCCCCAAAAUCAUGAAGGAACAAGCUGCUGGUCAGAGCAGGGAGAAGUUCACGGACACAGAAUUAGCGUACGUGGGACAAGCUGCUGUGGGGGCUGCUGUCGACACAACUCUGGCUACUUUCAAAAGUCUCAUGGUUGCAUUUGCUGCGCACCCAGAGACACUGGCCAAGGCCCACGAGGAGAUCGACCGGGUUGCCGGAGACGAGCCCUUGAAGAGCGACAGGAUUGGUGAGCUGACAUAUCUCAAGGCAUGCGUUUCGGAAGUUCUUCGGUGGCGCCCGACUACACCAUCGGCCUUGCCUCACGUUCUUAGCAGGGAUGAGCGAGUUGGAGAGUACUUCUUUCCAAAGGGCACUGUAUUUAUUGCCAAUGCCUGGACGAUUCAUCGGAACGAGGAGGAGUACGAUCGCCCCAACGACUUCAUUCCUGAUCGCUUCUUAAACAAUCCCUUUGGGUUACGCCCCUCGUUCAAGGCCGAUGAAUUAGAAAACAGCGGGCGCCGAGCUCUUUAUGCAUUCGGUUCCGGCCGUCGGCAAUGCCCUGGAGAGCAGUUCGCAAUGACCUCCGUACUGCUGGCGGCUUCCAAAGUUGUCUGGGCGUACGAUAUAUCUCCACCACCCGGUGGUCUAGACAUCAGUGUCGAAACUGGGUUCAAGGAUGGAACUGUCACUCAACCGGUCCAUGCUGAGGUUGUUUUCACACCCAGGAGUGAAAAGAAAAGAGCAGGCGUGCUGGCGGAUGCAGAGCGCACUGAGCACAUCGCUAGGGAGAUGAUUGGUUGA